GCGGCUGCGCAGAGCGGCGGCGCCAUGAGCGACGAGCGGCUGCGGCGGGUGCGCGAGCGCGUGCGGCCCUUCCCCGACUUCCCGGUGCCCGGCGUGCUCUUCCGCGAUAUCAGCCCCUUGCUGAAGGAUCCUGCAGCUUUCAGCGCUUUGAUUGAUCUUUUGGAAGCUCAUUUGAGGGGCUCUUUCCCCAACAUCGACCUCAUUGCAGGCCUGGAUUCCCGCGGCUUCCUCAUCGGCCCGCCGCUCGCGCAGAGGCUGGGCAUCGGCUUUGUGCUGAUACGGAAGAAGGGGAAACUCCCCGGUCCGACGGAGUCCGUCUCCUACGCCCUCGAAUACGGCCAGGCCGAGCUCGAGAUCCAGCGCGACGCCGCGGAGCCGGGGCAGAAGGUGGUCAUCGUCGACGACCUGCUCGCCACGGGAGGUACGAUGCGCGCGGCCUGCGAGCUGCUGGCGCGGCUGAAGGCGGAGAUCCUCGAGUGCCUGGUCGUCGUAGAGCUGAAGGCCCUGAAAGGCUCCGAGAAGCUCCAGCCGGUGCCUCUCUACUCGCUGCUGCAGUACGACUGAGGGCACCGGCGGCCGGCGCCGCGCGACCCUGCAGCACCGCUCCGGCUGCCGAGCCGGGGCCCUGAAACCCGAGUCCCGGUUGUUCUCCAGGCCGCACGUCAGGGUGCAUUUAGCCUAAAAAAAUCCCUCUUUUUCUUUCUUUUUUCCCACGGGGUAACUUGGCCGCUGCUGGAUCUUGCGGAGGCAGGAGCGGUCCGGGCCCCGGGGAGCUGCGGGCAGCCCGUGCCGCGCGGGCUGGUGCUGCCCCAAAGCCGCUGCCGAGCCCGGACCCCCCAGCGUGGCUUGGCGAGAGCAGAUACGUCCCAGCAUGCCAAAACUCCCCUGAAAACGCUUAGGGGCUGGUGUCCCCGGCUUAACAGGGGCCGAACUCGCUUCUAAAAUAAACACUGAGCUUUUUUGUAA